UAUAGCUAUAUAUUAAUGGUACACACAUGGUCUGGUGGUAAGAGAGUAGAAAAGGGGGUCCCAUAACAUAAGCCAGUGUCUCUUUUCAAAAAAACUCAAGUUUCUUGUUGUAUACUGGAAUGAGGUCAGACACGAGGCUCCUCAUUGCACGCGCUGAUUAUUAUUAGAUUCCAUUUUUGACCAAUCAGCGCCGAGAGGGGCGUGAGUCUGGCGCGGAGGCAGGGUAGCGACAGCGUGCGAUUGGUGGAUUUUUAUCGCCGUUGUAUCUCCGAGAAGAAAUAAAUGCUUGCAAGGGGUGCCGAGACUGGAAGGCUGCUUGAAACUCGACUGCAGGUUAGCAGAUGGAAGGCGGACAGUGUAACUCGCAUUAGGUUUCUUUUUUUUCCUCCACAGCAUGCAUGGCUUUUGUUUCUCGGAGAGGGGACAGAGCUGAUGCAGAGAAAAGCACUUACCUUACACAGUGUACUUGGGAGCCCUUUGUAAGUGCCCGAGUGCACAGUGUGGCGCUCAGUCUGCGCUCUGCAGCUGCAUAGACUGUGUUCAGUCACUGCACGACUGAAUUGAUUUUAUAAGAGAAGGAAGAGACUGAGAGAGACAGAUAACAGGGUACUGAGUGGAGAGUGGGCUCUACUGUCUGGGCUGUUUCACCACCUACAGAAACUGGAAAUUAAACUUUUUUUUUGUACACAUCCAGCCUUUUCAAGGCUACAUUGGACUGAACUGUAACCGAGAGUUUACCACACAUCUCAGGAGUGAAUUAUUUCAUGCGCUUUUUUUUUUAACCCAUCUCCAACUGCGAAGAGGGGGAGAAAAAAAAAGCUGACUUUGCUUUAAAGUGAAUCGGAGGACCAAGGAGAGAGGGAGAGAGAAAGAGCAAGUACACCGCUCUCCCUCUGUGUGUAUAACUGGGCAGCAUGGUGCAGAAAAUGAGCCACACAGAGAGCACCGCCGAGGCGCUGUCCUUUUUCGCCGGGGAUUCGAGCUCCGACUCCGGGGCGUGCAUGGAUCUUGACACGGCCGCAUCGCCUCUUUCCCCGGGCUCUACAGCUUCCUCGACGGCCGGGGACAAACUGGGAGACAACCCGGCAUGGUGCAAGACUCCCAGCGGCCACAUCAAGAGACCCAUGAAUGCGUUCAUGGUGUGGUCACAGAUCGAAAGGAGGAAGAUCAUGGAGCAGUCUCCGGACAUGCACAACGCCGAGAUCUCCAAGAGGCUGGGGAAGCGGUGGAAGCUGCUCAGAGACAGCGACAAGAUCCCCUUCAUCAGAGAGGCGGAGCGGCUCAGGCUCAAGCACAUGGCGGACUAUCCCGACUACAAGUACCGGCCGAGGAAGAAGGUAAAAUCAAGCGCCUCCAAGCCUGGUAGUACCGGAGAGAAGGGGGAGAAACUCAACAGUAGCUCUAACAACACCAGCACUAAGACAUCCUCAUCUUCGAGGAAGAAUGGAUCCAAAUCACCCAGCACUAGCAAACCCCACAAAUCACUUUUCGGGAGCAGCAACAGUAGCACCAAAGCAUCACCGUUUGCCUCUGAGCACCCAUCAGAGCACCAUCACAACUCUCUCUACAAGUCGAAAUCUGUCUCCUCAGCAGCCAAGCAGAUCCCGGAUGGCAAGAAGCCCAAGCGGGUGUACGUCUUCGGGAGCAGCGCCGCCAGCUUGAGCGUCAGCCCCGCGUCCUCCGUUGUGGUCCCGGCCAGCCCGACGCUCAGCAGCUCGGCGGACUCCAGCGACCCGCUCAGCCUGUAUGAGGACGCGGCCAGCGGCAGGGAGGAGGGAGCCGACUCCCCCGGCAGCAGCGGCAGCCUGGGCGGGUCCUCGGCGCGCCACGGCGGGCACACAUACAGCAGUCGGCGGGCUUCCUCCCCUACCCCCUCCGGCUCUCACUCCUCCGCCUCGUCCCACUCGUCCUCCUCCUCUUCCUCGGAGGAUGAAGAGUUCGAGGAGGACUUACCCGAUAUUAACCCGAGCCCCAGCUUUGAUAGCAUGUCGCUGGGGAGCUUUGGCUCGUCGGUGCUGGACAGGGACUUGGAUUUGAACUUUGAGUCCGGCUCCGGGGGCUCCCACUUCGAGUUCCCCGACUACUGCACACCAGAAGUCAGCGAGAUGAUCUCCGGGGACUGGCUGGAGUCCACCAUCUCCAACCUGGUGUUCACGUACUGAGUGAGCAAAAAGUAAGAAAAAAAAAGUAAACGACAGGUGUCGAGCAAAAAUAUAUGACCACAAACAGAAUCAGGAGUUCCUGGUACAGUGUGCGUAAUAGUUUGUGUUUUAACUACACCAGACUAGUAUCCUAAAACCCCUCUGAAACUAGUCCCCCUCCCUUCUCGUCCAUAUAGGCAAGAGCUGCAAAUCCUUGGAAAGCUAAACUUUAAAGCGAAUAACUUGCUUUUUGUACUUUUCUUUGGAUGCGUGGACCGGGGACUUGGUUCACCCACCGAGGUGGAGGGAGUGCAAACCAGGGGAGAGAAAAAGGAGAGACUUGACUGCGUUUCCUGGUCGUGAAACGCUCAGUCCUGAACUGUUUGUGAACUGAACAACUUAACUGUGAUUGAUUUGCACGUUACGCGGUCCGACGUUCACUUAAUCAAUGUUUAUUGCCGAUUUGAAAAAAAAAGGGACAUUUCACAACUUUUUAUCAACCGCCAAGUGAACUUCACCACUAAAAAGGUACAGAAAUAGGACUGCCGUGCGACAUUUUUAUUGUGGUGUGUCACCGAGAGGGAUUUUUAAUGAAACCGAGUACCCGGGCAGGCUGGUUUUUAUGCUGCCUUCAAGUGCUCAUGGUAAGGUCGAACGUAUGUUUUUGUAUUGUCUGUUCAAAUGCUUUUGUAAGGACAGCCAGCAAAACAGAUCUUAUAUCACUGUGGUGCCUAUUGUGUGAUUUUAGGAAUUCGCGGCACCAACCUUUGUAAUUCAGUGACCAAGAAGAGAUCAUAUGAAUCAGAUGUGUAACUGGUGUUGUAGUUCACUAAUCUGACAAGCUUUCUUUGACUUUUACCAGCAAACACUGGCAAGACUUUUGUGAUGUCAAAUCCCCGAACGUCUGCUAAUGUCAGCACAGGCAUGAGAUACCUAUCCACCCAGUUAUAAGGAUGCAAUUGCGAUUUUUCCGACAGCACUUGAGAGCAGCACCAGUCUUUGUAUCAGCCUACCUUCUACGUUUACAGUGCCAGUCUGCAGGCUCCUUAAAGACACAGGAAUGCAUUAUUUCUUGAGGCUAUUCCUGUGGACCAUGUGGGUUUAACAGCUUCACUAUCUUAAGCAGCCACUUGUUUUUGCAUUUUCCGUCAGACAUCUUGCCUAUGACAACACAUGAGGAGAUUGUAGCUUUAAAUUUGACUUGUUUCUUGAUGUUUUUCAUUAACUGAUGUCAAAUUUGCCAAUCAACCACUGGAUUGAACAAGUUAUCAAUACAGCAAGCAAGCAACAAGGAUGAUAACAUCAAGCAUAUUCAAAUUUCUGACUUGAGUUCCGCAACACCUACUUGUACUGCGUUUCUCAUUGUAUUUGAAUAUAUAAUCUUUUCUACUUGUCGGCUAACUAUUAGCUAAUAAUUGUUUUAGUAUCUUUAUGGCAUGGUGAAUAGCAUUUGUAUUUCGGAUUCAGGUUAUUAGCUGUUGUGUUUUUCAGAAAAAAGAAAAAAAUGAGGAAAAACAAUGAAAACGUGAACUCGAUCUUUGUAUAUUUGACUGUAUCAUAAAGCAAAAAAGAUUGUGUGUUUAUGUACGUUGUUGCUAUUGAGGACAGGCACUGUCUAGAACUGCUAUCUUUUACACAUCAUUACUUACAUUUGAGGUGGUCAGUUCAGGACUCUUUUUUUAUAUAUAUAUGAAAGCAUUUUUAAAUAUAUUGACUUUAUUUUUCAUCCAUCUUGUGCAAUAUGCUGUGUAGAAUUAUCAUUUAUUGUUUCUAAUCAUGCCAUAAACAAAGAAACCACCUUUUUUUGAGACUCAGAGAAAAGGGGGGGAAUUCAUGCCAGCUAAAUUGUGUCCAUUCACUGCCUGUCAGAUUGUUGAUAUAAACUUGUGUACAGAACUUUUUCAAAGAAGGAAAUAAAUAUCAGCUGGAACUGAAA